AAACAGCGAAGACACAGCCCCUCCCUUCCCAGGAAACGAAACCAAAAGCAGUUCAUACUGGGCAGCAGAAGAUCGAGAGGCUAAUAGUUUCCUGCAGCCAGCUUUGCCGCCGCCACUCUCCUGUCCCUUCCAGAGCAUCAGGAUGGAGCUUAGCAAUACCCCAGCCAGGAAUCUGGACAAGUUCAUCGAAGACCACCUCCUGCCAGACACGAAUUUCCGCAAGCAGGUCAAACAAGCCAUCGAUGUCAUCUGCAGUUUCCUGAAGGAGAGGUGUUUCCAAGGUGCCAAUCACCCUGUCCGGGUAUCCAAAGUAGUGAAGGGUGGCUCCUCGGGCAAAGGCACGACCCUCAGAGGCCGAUCUGAUGCUGACCUCGUGGUCUUCCUCAGCAGCCUUGGAAGUUUUCAGGAGCAGUUUGAUCGCCGAGCAGAGUUCAUCCAGGAAAUCAGGAGACAGCUGGAACGCUGUCAAAUUGAGAAAGGAGUGCAGUUUGAGAUCAAGGGUACGCCAUGGAGCAACCCCCGCGUGCUCGGCUUCGUGCUCAAGUCCCCCUGGCUUGGCGAGGGGGUGGAGUUUGAUGUAUUGCCUGCCUUUGAUGCCCUGGGUCAGGUGCCAAAAAGCUACAACCUUGACUCCCUAGUCCAUGAACACUACAGACCUGAGCCCCAAAUCUACGUCAAGCUCAUCCGAGAGUGCAAAAAUCUGGGGAAAGAGGGCGAGUUCUCCACCUGCUUCACGGAGCUGCAGCGAGCCUUCCUGAAGCAGCGUCCGACCAAGCUCAAGAGCCUCAUCCGCCUGGUCAAGCACUGGUACCAAAAGUGUAAGGAGAAGCUGGGGAAGCCCCUGCCCCCGCAGUAUGCCCUGGAGCUGCUGACAGUCUAUGCUUGGGAGCAUGCAAACGUGGGAACUUCAUUCAGCACAGCUCAAGGAUUUCAGACUGUCCUGGAAUUAGUCAUGAACUACCAGCAGCUUUGCAUCUACUGGACAAAGUAUUACGAUUUUGCAGAUCCUGUUAUUGGUGGAUACCUGAUGAUGCAGAUCAAGAAACCCAGGCCUGUGAUUCUGGACCCGGCUGACCCUACAGGAAACGUUGCUGGUGGAGACCCCAGUAGCUGGCCACGUCUGGCACAAGAGGCUGAAGCCUGGCUGAGCUACCCGUGCUUUAAGAAUUGGGAUGGCUCUCCAGUAGGCUCCUGGGAUGUACAGCUUUGAGAAGAGAGUGAAGAUGGCCAGACAUAUGCCCUACUCUGGACGCCGGCGCAUCUUAGGAGGACAGGGCUCCGGAGCCAUCCUGGCCGGCUUCCUCAUUUUAAUGGGCCAAGCCUUGAUUCAGAGAGGACGGAGGACUGCCCCAGGCUAGCAGUGAAUGGGACGACCGACAACCAAAAUCCAGGUCUCCUGAUCCCCACCCUUCCCGCUGUUCUGUGCUUCUCUUCUUUCAAAGAUAGCCCUUUCCCUCAGCAUC